GAGCGUGCGCGCGCCCCGCCCACCCCGCCCCGUGACUACAAGUCCCAUCGCGCCCCGCGCUCACGCACGUUACGCCAGGGCAAGAUGGCCGACACGGCGGCCGCUGCCGGGGCUGGCGGCUCCGGAACGAGGUCGGGGAGCAAACAGUCCACCAACCCUGCCGACAACUACCACCUGGCCCGGAGGAGAACCCUGCAGGUGGUCGUGAGCUCUCUGCUGACGGAGGCCGGGUUUGAGAGCGCAGAGAAGGCGUCCGUGGAAACCCUGACGGAGAUGCUGCAGAGCUACAUCUCAGAGAUUGGGAGGAGUGCCAAGUCUUACUGUGAGCACACAGCCCGGACUCAGCCCACGCUGUCGGAUAUUGUGGUCACGCUCGUGGAGAUGGGUUUCAACGUGGACACUCUCCCUGCCUACGCGAAACGGUCUCAGAGGAUGGUCAUCACUGCCCCUCCAGUGACCAAUCAGCCAGUGACCCCCAAGGCCCUCACCGCAGGGCAGAACCGACCCCACCCACCGCACAUCCCCAGCCACUUUCCGGAGUUCCCCGAUCCCCACACCUACAUCAAAACCCCGACCUACCGGGAGCCUGUGUCAGACUACCAGGUGCUGCGGGAGAAGGCUGCAUCGCAGAGGCGCGACGUGGAGCGGGCGCUCACCCGGUUCAUGGCCAAGACAGGCGAGACCCAGAGCCUUUUCAAAGAUGACGUCAGCACGUUCCCACUGAUUGCCGCCAGACCUUUCACCAUCCCCUACCUGACCGCUCUUCUGCCGUCGGAGCUGGAGAUGCAGCAAAUGGAAGAGACGGAUUCCUCGGAACAGGAUGAGCAGACGGACACCGAGAACCUGGCGCUUCACAUCAGCACGGAUGAUUCUGGAGCUGAGAAGGAAAACGCGUCUGUGCUGCAGCAGGCCCCCUCCUUGCCGGGCAGCCGGAACGGGGAGGAGAAUGUCAUCGACAACCCCUACCUGCGCCCUGUGAAGAAGCCCAAGAUCCGCAGGAAGAAGUCCCUCUCGUGAGCUGAGAAGGAAGCCUGGCUUGGACAGGGAUGGGGACGCCACCCUCAUGGCCGAGGCUGUGAUGGGCAUGGGUGUGACGGCAACCUGGGAGGUUUGGGUGAGAAAACACCGACGCAGUCCUGAGGCCUCUCAGUCAGCUGGCCACGCAGCAGCCUCCUGCCUGCAGCCUCAGCCAGGGACUUCGCUUGUGACCGUGGGACUCAAUUCCUUUGCAAGCCCAGGGAAGGCGACAGGGAGAAGGGCACACGUUGCUGCCUUGUGUCCUGCCAGGAGGCCUGUAUCCCUACUGUUGAAUCACACCUGGGACAAUGGUUGAUCAUCCCGGAAUCUUGUUGAGUUCUCGCCUCAGCUGGGCCCCGGGUACCCUCGUGCACCGAUGGGAAGUGACUCUGCAGCCCUUGAUCGUGUUGGAAAUGGGCAGCGCACGCGGCACGGCUUUGACCGGAGGCAGGCAGGAGUCGGAAGCCAUGAGCAGACAGGUGAACGUGGAGCAAGGUGGCACGGGGGGCAGCACUGCGGCUGCACGUCGCUCCCGAGAGACUCAUCACUGGCUCUCCCUCCACGGAAGGUGUGCUUAGGACCUGCCGCCUGCCCCCCGCUUGGGAAAAGAGGUUUGCCUGACAGAAGCCUAGUCUGUGUCUGAGCUGCGACUUGUAGUACAGCCAUCGAGUCACACAGGAAAGGGGCAGGCAGGGUGGGGGUGGGACUGAGGGCUGGACCUGGCCCUUGUGUUCUGGAAGCCGAGAAAGCAGCUGCUCUGCCCGAAGCCGUGUUCCUACUGCCAGCAGAAGUGGGCGGACAGGAGCCUGCCGGCCCAGCCCAGGUGGUCUCCAGGUCUCAGUCUGUUCGGUCUCAUCACCUCCUGGGGACAAGAUUGCAUUCUUAGUGAACUUUGCGAGCCAGAAACUUUUUUUUUUUUAAGACUGGACCUGCGUCAUGUCACAGCAAGUUAAGCUGACACCUGCAAUGCUGGCAUCCCAUGUGUGCGCUGGUUCGUGUCUCAGCUGCUCCGCUUCUAAUCCAGCUUCGUGCUAAUGCAGCAGAAAAGCAGCAGAAGAUGGCCCAAGUAUUUGGGCACCUGCCACCCCAUGGGAGACUCCAGUAGAGUUCCCGGCUCCUGGCUUUGGCCUGGCCCAGUCCCAGCUGUUGGUACAGCUAUUUGGGGAAUGAACCAGUGGAUGGAAGAUUUCAUUGUAACUCUGCCUUUCAAAUCAGUAAACCUUAAAAAAACAAAGCAAAAAACCUUAUUUAUUUGAAUGGCAGAAUGACAAGGACACACACAGAGAGAUACCAUCCACUGGUUCACUUCCCAAAUGCCCACAGCAGUCAGGGCUGGGCCAAGCCAAAGCCAGGAGCCAAGAACUCCACCCUGGUCUCCUACGUGGCAGGGCAGGAAGGCAAGGACUUGGGCCGUCAUAUGCUAUCUUCCCAGGUACAUUAGCAGGAAGCCAGAUUGGAAGUGCUGAGGUACUGGGACUCGGACUAGGCCCUGUGAUGGCAGCAUCCGAUGCUGUGACUUAACCAGAUGCGCCAGCAUGCCUGUCCCCAGAGAACAGAUUUUUAAAGAAGAUAUAGAGCGCGCAGGUAUCUUUAGAUCUCAGAAGGAAAAGAUCUUCAAACCAAACCAAGGAAGAGAAACUCCAGUGCCACCUGGAGAUUCACACGGGAAGGACGUGUUGUUCCCUGGGCCAGACUCUUACAGUCCUUAGUUAACUUCUCACACCCCCCACUGGACUCCCAAAAACUGUGCAGACCUGGCUGCAGGCCCCGUGUCCUUAGGGCACUGUGCCCUGCCUCCCGGAAGGAGGACCUGCUCGUGAGGAACUGGAGAAGAGACACCACCGAGACAGCUGGAUCUCCCAACCCUGGACCGCGUAGGAGCUUCCAGGUUCACAGCGACCGGAGACCCCUGCUGAAAGCAGUCAGGCCAGGCUCAGUGGACCCCUCGGGGUUGGUCUGCCGCUCAGCAGUUCUGGGCGCAGUGGGUUGAAGCACAGUCCCAGAUUGGAGGCGUGGCGGAUCCGGCUUGCUGUCCUCACUGCCCUCAGGAGCUGUCGCCCGGGUCGUUUCUGCAGUUCCCCGUUCAUCCUGUGCCGUUGCCAUCCCAGCCAGGCACCUGCAGGGUUAAGUGGGAGGCGGGAGAGGGUUGCCACAAUUGCUGUAAUUCCAUUCUGGAGGGAGGCACCGGGAGGUGGCCAGGCGACGUGAGGCAUUGACCCGACUGCUGCUGUUGUAUGCGAGUUGCAUAAGUCUCGAUGCAUAUUUAUAAAUUUCUAUUUUUUUAAUAACUUUGGGGGUGGUCUUGGCCAGAAACAGUAGUAAACAGCCCGUUUAAAAAUGUGACUUAUGAAAAUCCUAUAAUAAAAACUUUGUAAAUAAACAGUGCUGUAAACUUUACACGUGAUUUGUCUUUGGAAGUUAUGGCCCUGUACAAGGCUAUGGACAGAAAAGGAAGGCAUAGCCCUUCUGUAAUUUUAAGUACCCCUGGGAACUUAGUAAAACUUCAGUUUGAGAAAUUUUCCAACACAAAGUCAGACAGGAGAUUAUCUGAAGCCAUCCGUACCCCUCACCCGGCUUUAAUACUUAGCAGUGUCCCAUCAAUUCUGUUUCAACUGUUUCUCCCAUUUUUUCUCUUCCUGGAAUAUUUUGGUUUUUAAAGCAAAUCCCAGACAGAAUGUCACUGGACCUGGAGGAUGUCCCUGUGUACCUCUGAUGGAUCUUUCUUCAAAUUUUAAUUUUGAAAUUACACAUUCAGAGGCUGUUGUGAAAGAAAAUACACACCACCAGUUCUCCCAGUGGCAGCGUCUUGCACAGCUCCCGCAGUAUCAAAACCGAGACCUUGACAGCGGUGCAGGCCACAGGGCUCACUCAGACUUGACCGUUUCGUCUGUGCCGUCUGUGUCUGUACUCAGCAGUUCUGUCACCGUAUCGAGACAUAGUUGUGCCACCACAGUUCUCUGUCAUGCUCUCUCACCGUAUCCGCCUCACACCCCAUCCCCAUCUGUAACCCCCGGUAACUACUACUUACUUCUCUUUACCCCCCAUAACUUUAUUUGAAGAAUGUUGCAGAAGUGGAACCAAAGUCUAACUUUACUUGGCUUACUUCACUCUAUAUCUCCCAGCUGUUGCCUGUGUCUCCCAGGAGUGGUGGUGUGUGUUGUGGAUGUACCACAGGGUAACACACUUUGCCUAAUUGUCCAUACCGUGGGGGACUCCUGGGCUGUUCCCAGCUUGGGACUCUUAUGAAUAAAACUGUGAAUAUUUAUAUACUGGAUUCUGUGUGAACGUUAAGUUUUCUUUGUAAUAAAUGCCUCAACAUGUAA